CUCCUCUCCCUCUCACGUUAAAUAGUAGAACCAAACAGCACACAAAAUCACAGACAACUAAUUCUUUGUCUCCCUGUUCUUUCCCUUUUAAUUUCCUAUUUGUGUCAGUUCAAAGUUGUCUUGUGUUUGUUUUAGAAAGAGAGAUGACAGGGAUUUCAAAGGAGGAAGAGAGUGUAACUCUUGAUCUUCUCAGGAAGAAAAUGGAAGAUUUUGCUAAAGAAAGAGAUUGGGAAAAGUUUCAUAGCCCCAGAAACCUUCUUUUGGCUCUGGUGGGAGAAGUUGGAGAACUUUCAGAAAUAUUUCAGUGGAAAGGAGAAGUUCCAAAAGGGUUACCUGAUUGGAACGAAAAAGAGAAAUUACAUCUUGGUGAAGAACUUUCUGAUGUUUUGCUAUACCUCGUUAGGCUUUCUGAUAUUUGUGGGAUUGAUCUUGGCAAAGCUGCUCUUCGUAAAGUUGAACUUAAUGCUAUUAAAUACCCUGUUAAUCUCAACAAAGGUUCUUCAAACAAAUGCAAUAACGAAGCCGAUAAUUAAAUCGCUCGAUCAGACAUAUUAGUCGAGUUGCAUACAAACUGGUCAGAUCGUUAUAUUUUAUGUUAUGCUAAAUAUGAUAAGUUAGGUGUCAUAGGAGUUGAGAGAAAGUGGACCUGAAGCAGUGGAAAUUUGUACUUUGAUGGAAGAAUAUCUUUGGCAUUUAUUUUCUCAUUUAUUUUGGACUGUUUUGGCAGUUGAAAUCAUAUCUUUUUUUACGCUGAUCUAUUCAAUGUGUUUUCCCAAA